UAGUACCCGGACUGUUGAGUAAACCUGCCCGGUCAACAGUCAAGGAAGUUGUUCUUUGGGAGGAAGGGUGGAGUGGACGAGGGGAGCAGGGUGAGAAGACACUGAGGUCAGAGCAAUUUUCAGAGCAUUAAAGGGGUGAGAAUGUUGGCCUUGGGAUCUAAAGGCUCAGUGAGGGGGUCCCUUUGCCGUGUCAUGUCAUAGAGAAGCUUUGCAAGAAGAACCCGGAGGCGAGAGUACCCAGUGAGCCUGAGAAAGGAGAAAAUUUCUUGUUCAGAGGAGGGGACAGUCUUAGAUGAGGUGUUGGGGCCCGCAGGCGUCUCCGGCAAAGUGCUUGGCGCAUCCCGGGUCGUCAGUGAAUGGUAUUCUCCCCAGGAGCCGCCCCGGGGGUCCCCUUGGACCAAUCCCAAACCUGGAGACCACGAUGAGGUGUUUCCGGUCCUUGCGGACAGAGACGGUCCUGGCCGUGGUCCUCUGCACCUUCUCGCUCCUCUUCCUCCUCCUCAGUCUGCACACAGCACCGGCGCCGGCCCUGUGCCCCCGCGCGCGCGACUUCCCGCUGCUGCAGGACGCGCCGCUGAGCAAGUGCGCGCAGCCAGUCUUCCUGCUGCUGGUCAUCAAGUCCUCGCCCAGCAAUUACGAGCGCCGCGAGCUGGUGCGGCGCACGUGGGGCCGCGAGCGGAAGGUGCAGGGCGUCCUGUUGCGCCGUCUCUUCCUGGUGGGCACGGCCCCGGAGCCGAAGGAGGCCCACAAGGUCAACCAGCUGCUGGCGAUGGAGGCCAGGGUGCACGGGGACAUCCUGCAGUGGGACUUCCACGACUCCUUCUUCAACCUCACGCUCAAGCAGGUGCUCUUCCUACAGUGGCAGGAGACUCGGUGCACCAACGCCAGCUUCAUACUCAACGGGGACGAUGAUGUCUUUGCACACACAGACAACAUGGUCUCCUACCUGCAGGGCCACAACCCUGACCACCACCUCUUUGUGGGGCAACUCAUCCAGUACGUGGGCCCCAUCCGGGUCUCCUGGAGCAAGUACUAUGUGCCAAAGAUAGUGACAGAGGAGGAGCACUACCCGCCCUACUGUGGAGGCGGUGGCUUCCUGCUGUCCCGCUUCACGGCGGCGGCCCUGCGCCAAGCGGCCCUCGCCCUAGACCUCUUCCCCAUCGAUGAUGUCUUCCUGGGCAUGUGCCUAAAGCACGAGGGCCUGAAGCCCGCCUCGCACAGUGGCAUCCGCACUGCCGGCAUCUGGGCCCCCUCGGCACGUCUGUCCACCUUUGACCCCUGCUUCUACCGGGACCUGCUGCUGGUGCACCGGUUCUUGCCGUACGAGAUGUGGCUCAUGUGGGAGGCACUGAGCCAACCCAACCUCACCUGUGGCAAGCGCAGGCAGAUCUACUGAGGGGUGUCGGGGCCCUAGCCCCUGGGCUCCUGUCUCCACCCCGAAGGAGGGGGAAACAUUUUCUUCCCAGGAAGAGACCUUUGUCCUCCUAGGGCAUAGGGAAGUGCCAGGGAGGGUUUGAUGAGUGAAUAGUUUUGUUUGUUUGCUUUUUUUUAUACAUAUAAGCUUUUAUUUAUUUUAGGGAGAGAGAGAG